UCAGUUUCUCAUUGCAGGGUGAGCGCACUGAGUUCCGGUGAAGGGAAAAGAGACGUGGCGAAAUUGCUGUAUAUCUCUGUCCUAUAAGCACAUCUCUCACUAACACUGAAAGGAGACAAGACACCAGAAAGGGUGAAGCUGCUAACACCAUAUUUUUAGAGCUCUAGCGUGACCCCCCGCCUUACCAGACUGGGGCUUCUAAAUGGGAGAUUACGGAUUUGCAUUGCAAUUGGCUAGUGGCAGUGGCACUGGAUUUUCGCAAGUGAAAUACCCCACCGCUUCUGCGAGUGGCAUUGAUGAUCCCAUUAAUAAUAACACGCCUCUCUUUUUUCCCGUUUCAGCUGCGCAAACCAUGCAGGAUGAUUUACUGAUGGACAAAAGCAAAACCCAGACUCAGCGGCAGCAGCAGCAGCAGCAGCAACAGCAGCAGCAGCAGCAGCAGCAGCAAGAAUCAAACGCAGCGGAAGCCUCUUCCACGCCCCUCUCCUCAGAGACCCCCAAGCCGGAGGACAGCAGCCCAGUGACGAGUCUCAAUCCAACAGCAGCGGCGGCGACUUCUUCGACGGCCCCAAACGGCAAGGAGAAGAUGCAGAUGGAAUCUCCGCUCCUGCCCGGCUUGAGCUUCCACCAGCCCCCACAGCAGGAGCCUGCCGCGGCGCCGGGCACGUCCUUGUCCCCUUCCUUCGGGAGCACCUGGUCGACGGGUACCACGAACCCCGUGGAGGACAGUUUUUUCCAAGGGAUCACCCCCGUCAAUGGGACCAUGCUUUUUCAGAAUUUUCCUCACCACGUCAACCCGGUCUUCGGAGGCACCUUCUCCCCGCAGCUCGGCCUAGCGCAGGCUCAGCACCACCAACAGCAGCAGCCGCCACCGCCGCCUCCACCGCCGGCCCCGCAGCCGCCGCCGCCGCAACAGCAGCCGCAGCCGCCGCCGCCCCAGCCCCAGCCGCCGCCGCCCGCACAGCCGCAGCAGGCGCAGCAGCAGCAGCAGCAGGCGCAGCAGCAGCAGCAGCAGCGCAGGUCGCCGGUGAGCCCCAACCAGGCGUCCUACACCCAAAGAAACGCCGCGGCGUACAGCCAUCAGCCCAUCAUGACCAGCAAGCCGUCCUCUGCCUCGGCCUCCUCGUCCUCCUCCAGCUGGAACAAUCACCAGAACGCCGCCUGGAGCACCCCUUCCAAUCCCUGGGGCGGGCUGCAAGCCGGCAGGGACCCUCGCCGGGCUGUCGGCGUAGGGGUCGGAGUCGGGGUUGGCGUGCCGUCUCCGCUGAAUCCCAUCUCCCCGCUCAAAAAACCCUUCUCCAGCAAUGUGAUUGCGCCACCGAAGUUCCCCCGGGCGGCCCCUCUCACCUCCAAAUCCUGGAUGGAGGAUAACGCUUUUCGGACAGAUAAUGGUAACAAUCUGUUGCCAUUUCAGGACCGGAAUAGGCCCUAUGACACAUUUAACUUGCAUUCUUUGGAGAACUCUUUAAUGGAUAUGAUAAGGACUGAUCAUGAGCCUCUGAAAGGUAAACACUACCCUCCCAGUGGCCCACCAAUGAGUUUCGCUGAUAUUAUGUGGAGGAAUCAUUUUGCAGGACGCAUGGGAAUAAAUUUCCAUCACCCAGGAACAGAUAACAUUAUGGCACUUAACAGUCGGUCUUCUCUCUUUCCCUUUGAAGAUGCCUUUCUAGAGGACAGUCAUGGUGACCAGUCCUUAUCAUCAGGCCUGAGCUCUCCAACUCGCUGUCAGAAUGGUGAAAGAGUGGAACGCUAUUCUAGAAAGGUGUUUGUUGGGGGCCUCCCUCCUGACAUCGAUGAAGAUGAGAUUACUGCCAGCUUUCGUAGAUUUGGACCUCUUGUGGUGGACUGGCCUCACAAAGCUGAAAGCAAGUCAUAUUUUCCACCUAAAGGCUAUGCCUUUCUGCUGUUCCAGGAGGAAAGCUCAGUACAAGCUUUGAUAGAUGCCUGUCUAGAAGAAGAUAGUAAACUUUACCUAUGUGUGUCAAGUCCAACCAUAAAAGAUAAACCGGUGCAAAUUCGACCAUGGAACCUAAGUGACAGUGACUUUGUAAUGGAUGGCUCUCAGCCUUUGGACCCCAGAAAAACUAUCUUUGUUGGGGGAGUUCCACGACCCCUUCGAGCUGUUGAAUUGGCCAUGAUUAUGGACCGUCUUUAUGGGGGCGUCUGCUAUGCUGGCAUUGAUACAGACCCAGAGCUGAAGUACCCAAAAGGCGCUGGCCGAGUGGCUUUCUCCAAUCAGCAGAGUUACAUUGCCGCAAUCAGUGCACGGUUUGUGCAGCUCCAACACAACGACAUUGACAAACGGGUGGAAGUGAAGCCAUACGUGCUGGAUGAUCAGAUGUGUGACGAAUGCCAAGGCACCCGCUGCGGUGGCAAGUUUGCUCCCUUCUUCUGUGCCAACGUCACCUGUUUGCAGUAUUACUGUGAAUACUGUUGGGCCAGCAUACACUCCCGAGCUGGGCGGGAGUUCCACAAGCCACUGGUGAAGGAGGGGGGAGACCGCCCCCGCCACGUCCCCUUCCGCUGGAGCUGAGUCCAGUGCCUAGCUCAGCCACACGUACUGGAGUAGAUAACUUGGAGGGAAAAGAGCGGCUGCCUCUGGGCUUAGAGUGUUCUGGAAAUCUGUGCAUUUGUUCUCGACUUUAAAGAAGAAAUGGGUCUUUUUUAUUAUUAUUAUUUACAGUCAUAUUACUGAACUCAGUGUCCGGUAUAAUGCAAACCUGCAGAGUGUAACUGUCCUGGCUUGCACUUUGACUCCCCCAUUGUCUGCUUGGUACCUUAAUUCUUACCCAAGACUUGUCACUAGUGACAAUUUGUAGACUGCCAUUCUAAUCAGCCUCCGUCAGGCCGAUGUUUGUGAUGACAAUUUUCUUUUGUAGAAUUCUAAUUGUUCUUAUUUUUUAAACCAGAGCAUGCACUUAUUUUCAGAAACUUUAGAAUUGCCCCUAGAAAAUGACUCACCAAAGGUAAUCCUCAUCAAGUAGGUGGCAGAUGUAGCAACAACUUCACUGAUGUUCAGCAAUCCUUAGUUUGGGUCAUUUAGAGUCAAAAUAACCCUUCAAGAAAAAUAAGCCUUUAGUUGCUCUCCAUUUCGACUUGUAAGGAUGUUACCUCAUGAGCUAUAGCUUUUAUUUUUUUUUCCCCCUUCCACUUUUUUUUUUAUUUUUGUUCUGCUGAGGAUUUUGGUUAGGUCUUUUAGCGUUAGAUAAAUGUAUGCUGCGAUAGCUUUUGCUGCUAUUAAAAUGGUAUUGUUAAUACCAUAAUACUCUAUUCAAGCUAGGGUAUCGAUUGAAUGAAACAAACCCACAUCACACGUCCUGUGAGUUAGAAAUAGCGACCACUGAUGGAAGGAGAGAUCCGCAGACACAGGAAGCUUCCAAGGAAGGUCAAUACUUUUGACUGCAUGUUUACUUAAUCAGAUUGCUGCAUGCAAUAAAUUUUAUAUCUAAUGUCUAGUAUAAAACUUGCCCACGGUGCACAAAUUAAGAAUCUACGUAGGCUACAAAAUACUCAUUUAAAAAGACAAAACACAACCACCAUGGUUUGGGGGUGUUUUUUUUUUCCUUUUUUUUUUCUCCAAAGAACUGGUUGCCGACUGGAGGAAAGCAUGCCUCAGUAAAGGAAUGCUUAUGAAAUUAAGAACAGCCCCUAACAGAAUGACCUAUAUCGCAACUACUAUUAAACCUAGAUGUAGGAUAUUCUUAAAGCAAAUUUGUGGAUGGUAGAUGAAGUACUUUGCGGUGCUCUGUUAUAUAUAUAUAUAUACAUAUAUAUAAAUAUAUAUAUAUUGUGCAAUUUAUUUUAUAUAGUAAAGUGAUUAUGUCUAACUGUGAUCAACCUUAACUGUGUCAGACAUUAACAAAUUGGACAGUUCGUAACUGGCAUAUUAAUGAAAACAUGAGCUCUUAGUUACAAUCUUCUAAUGCUUGUACCAUUUUACAUAGCUUCAGACCUUGUCCAGAAAACCAAAGAGCUCAUAUUAGCUUACAUACACUAGGAAUAUAUAUAUAUACAAUCUAUAGAGCUAAAUUGUCAGAUUGACAAACGGCACAUUUUCAGAAAGUUGGGGAAAAGGUGAUGCUAAAGAAAUGUCUGCACAAAGGAAGGUGGCAUUGGAGGAGAGGGGUUUCUAGCUGUGAAAUUCACUUCUUACUUCCCCGAACAGAUCCUGCAAAGCUUGAAUCUAAUUCAGACCUGCUAACACAGUGGACAUUUAUUUAGCAUGCACUGCUGGGCUGCAGAUAGCCAUAUCUAGACACACAUAGUGUACUGAUGAUUGUGAAAAUCUGUAAACUUUGGUUUCUCUUCUUCCUUCUCUGUGUUGCAAUUCUGGGGACAAUCUGACUGGCCUGUGACGCUGCAGAAUAGACUUUCUUGCUUGUGUUCUCGCGUGUGCCGCUGUGACGUCAUUGUUCUGUCUUAAGUCUGUUGAGUUUUGGUUUCGCUUUGUUUUUUUUCUCCAACAUUCAGUUGUGAUUAUUGGUUUACAUGUUGUGGUUUGUUUUCUAAAAGGAAAAAAAAAAGUGUGGGUUUUUUUUUUUUAAUUAGUUUCAAACACUUGUUAUAGUUCUCCCUUUUGAGUGUAAGUUACUUCUGGGCCUUGGAGCAGUUUUGCUCUUUGUGACCCAGGUUGUUUGUGUGCAUGUGUUGUGUGCGUGUGUGUGUGUGUGUGUGUGUGUGUGUGCGCGCUUUCUUUCUAUGUCUUUUGGUUUUGUUUUGUUUUUAUCUGUGAGACCUUUUGUUAUGCACUACUUACUACCUUUGGUAUCUAGACAGUUCCCAACAGUUGGCUGGUGAUUUUUUUUCUUUUUAAGGAAAAAGGCAUGCUUUCUGGCUGACAUGAUCCUUUGCAAUACCUCAAUUUUGAAAUAUAGGAAAGAAAAUGAUAUUUUCUAAGUAAGUUUAUUCAGAAAAAAUAUAUAUUAAUUUAAUUCUGCAAGAAAAAAUGAU